AUCAUUAUCAAUCAUUUACAUCAUCAUCUACAUGGUCUCAUGUUUUGGUUGUUUUGAGAUGAGGUAAAUUUGUUCCAAAUAUUCGCAUAUUCGCAAAAUGAUUGAGAUUACAGCAAAGUUAAUAAGAGAUCAAAGUGCUGUUUUUCUGUGCGGUGAGGUUGUCGAGUGUCUGAUAACAUUUACUAAUCCAAAAUUGUCAGAGCAUGCAAUAUCACAAAGCAAUAAUGACAUCUUGGAGAACCUUGCGUGGGCUACUGCCCAAAUACAUUGCUAUUGUAACUCGACAAUCCAAGACCGGGCGGGAGCAACAGCAGAACCAUCCAACACAAUUAAUAAAAAUGUUAGUGGUUCGACAUCACUCAACUCAAGCAACCAAUUGAAGGGUGAGGUUCUAAAAUCUUCUGAUCCUAAAAUUUUAUUUUGUGACCUGCGAUUAUCCCCGGGAGAAUCUAGACAGUUUAUGUUUCGUGAAACCCUCUCUGUAAACACUCCUCCAACAUAUCGAGGUAUUAUGGUAAAAUACUACUACAAAAUCACCGUGGCUACUCAGCGAGUUGGAUCAACUGUUCAAGCGUUGUACAUUCCAAUUCGAGUCCUACCAUUGCCACCAAUAAAUUGCAGCGAUGAAACGAUUACUUUGAACGAUGAAUCAAACGAAGAUUUAGCACCGAAUAAUCCGUUUUUGGAAAAGAAAAAGUCACCGUCUAAAAUCGAAUAUGCCCUUCAUUACUUACAAAAUAUUACAGCGCGAAGGCGGCCAAACUUUUACCUAAUAUCUAACAAAAGAGGAAAAGUCGGACGGUUUUGUUUGUUCAAAUCAAUUUAUAAGUUGGGCGAAGACAUCGUUGGAACGUUAGAUUUUAGCUGUGGGACUGUGAAAUGCGUUCAACUUUCCGUGACACUACAGUGUGAGGAAAUUGUAAGAAAAAAACUUCCCGAAACUAAUCCAGACAAAGAUCCAACUUCUGGUUCAACUGGACGUAUAACGAACUUUACGAAGCAUCACGAAAUCUGUCUCGGGUUACUUCAGACCCAAAUGAUCCUGCCAAUUCCUUUGUAUGUAACUCCGUCCUUCGAAACUGAUCUGGUUGUCGUCAGAUGGAGGUUACAUUUCCAGUUUGUAACGAGUAUCAACGAAGAACUAAAUACACAAAUUAGCAGCGAAACACUGGAAUGGCAGGCCCCAACCGAUAUCUCAAUCGAAACGAUGAUCUGGAAUUUACCAGUAUCGCUUUACCCAACAGCGCCAGUUCAAAUUCCACAGGCUGGUGGAAAAUUUAUGUUAAACAUAAAGUGAGUUUGAACAGAGCAGAUUAAUCAAUAAAGUGUUGUGAGAAUUGUUAGUCACUUACUCGGUAGAAAGCCAUACAUGAACGAUGAAAUUUCGGCUUAUAUGUAAGGUUGAAAUAAAUAUUGAGACUAAUUAUUUAAUCGGAA